CUCUCCGACCGCGGCGCCCGGCGAGGCCGCGGGACACUCGCCUGUCCCCGCUCUCGAGCGCCCCUCUGUGUCGCGUGUCCUGUCGGGACUUUCUGUUGCCUUUGGAGGUUGGGACCUGGAAGGCCGGCUCCUCGGGGCGGCCUUCUCACCUUGCGCCCGGGAUUUUGUCAGAGCGGCUGCAGGGGAGUCCUGAGCUGUCCGCCCGCGGGCUCUUGCUGAGGACCUGCUAGUAGCUGAGGGCAGGCAUGGCCCCGAGCUUUCCCUCUCCGGCAGCCUCUCCCGUCGCUCUGGAGCCUUCUGACCCAGGGCGGACUUCUCCCUUCCCUGAGCCUCGGCGUCCACGCCUGAAAAAUGGGUAUAAACCCAUUGCAUCGACUGUGAGAAGGGAAGUCCUUAGCACAGUGUUUGACACGAUUCUUAGGAAUGUAAUUUCCAUGUCAUGUGGUUGCUCUGCUGUCCUCCAUCACCUUCUCCUAAAGAUGCAUCCUGACUUAUCUCCACACUUGCACACUGAAGAAUGCAACGCCUUGAUUAACUUACUUAAGGAAUGUCACAAAAAUUACAUGGAAAAGAGGACCAAGAGCAGGGAGCUUGGCAAUGCGAUGCGAAAGAGACUUUCAAAUCCUCCAGAGGAAUCUGAAACAUAAAUUAUAUUAUUACUGGAUACCUUGGCUGAGAGAAGAUCUGAAGACUCUUGGUUGAUAAACCAAAAGAAUCCUAUCUCAUUUGGUCUCCAGAAUCUUUUGAAUUGCAAGUGACCCAUGAGAAAUCGAGACAUGGAGAAAUAGAGAAACACUGGAUUCAGAAUAUUUGUUGGGCAGAGCCUUUAGUACUCUGAUUCCUUUACCAACACACCUGACUUUUAAUGUGUUUCUUUACUUUGCCUACAGCCAUUUAACAUUUGAGUAAUUUAUCACGCUCAAUAAAAUAAUUGACUUUACUCAUA